ACAAAAUCAGUAGUACGCGCGUGAGAGACGGUAGUCCCGUGCAAGCAGGCAGCUGGGGACAUACAUACUAGCUUGGCAGCUGGCAUAAUACACAACCCCUGGGUAGACAGCAAACAAGACGCACAGAGUCUUCGUGUUUAGCAGCACCAUGGCUUCGGCUUCGAAAAUGAACUUGUCGUUUGCUGGCUGCGGCUUCCUUGGAAUAUAUCAUAUCGGAGUCGCAGUGUGUUUUAAGAAGUUCGUACCUCACGUGCUGUUGAACAAGAUUUCUGGAGCGUCUGCUGGAGCCAUCGCUGCCUGUGCGCUCCUCUGCGAGUUGCCAAUUGGUGAAAUCACAACAGAUGUUUUACGUGUUGUACAAGAAGCUAGAAAGAAGACACUGGGACCAUUUAACCCAUCCUUUAAUGUCCAGAAUCUUUUGCUUGAAGGCCUCGAUAAGGUACUUCCUGAAGAUGCUCACCUAAGAGUGAAUGGAAAAUUGCAUAUAUCACUGACAAGGGUAUAUGAUAGGAAAAAUGUAAUUGUGUCGCAGUUCAACAGCAAGGAAGACUUAAUGCAGGCUCUACUAGCAAGCAGUUUUGUUCCAGUCUUCUCUGGGCUUCUACCACCUAGGUUCCACGGUAUUCGGUACAUGGAUGGUGGUUUUAGUGACAAUCUUCCAACUUUAGAUGAGGACACAGUUACUGUUAGCCCUUUCUGUGGCGAAUCUGACAUAUGUCCACGUGAUACUUCGUCACAGCUUUUCCAUAUAAACCUUGCCAACACCAGUAUUGAACUUUCACGUCAAAACGUAUAUAGAUUUACAAGGAUUCUUUUCCCUCCUAAAACUGAGACUUUAGCAAAAAUGUGCCAUCAAGGAUUUGAUGAUGCAAUGGCAUUCUUGGCAAGAAGAAAUAUGAUAAACUGUAACCGCUGUUUAACUAUCCAUGCGUCAUAUGAGAUUAAAGAUCCUCUCAAUUUCAGCACAGAGUCAGAAUCAAAUUGUGAAGAGUGCAUUGCACACCAAAGGGCUGCAAAAAUUGCUAAGUUACCAGAAGCUGUUGUCUCAAUUUUUCAAGAUGCAAUAGCUUCAACUAAUAAUGGUUUCACUAACUGGAUUUUCCAAUACAAAGGAAUGAAGCUGUUAUCAAUAUUGAGUUUGCCAUAUGUACUGCCAGUAGACAUCAUGUAUGCCACAUUCACAAAUGUGAUCGGCAACAAAUUGGAGAAGCGUUCCCAUCAAAUGCGUGUAGUUGGAAACGCAAUCAUUCAGCCAGAAUUGCAUGUAUGUGGCUAUAAUGGUGUAAUUCCGUCACAUGCCCACUCACUAUUGGAAGCUGACAGGUUCGUGGCUGCAGCACCACACAUUGGUAAUAACUUAUGGAAUAUCAGCAAAUUUCUGAUUCAGCAGGUGUCAGAACUCUUUGAAAACAUUAGUAAAACACAAAAAUUAGCAGCAUCAAUAAACUGCCAACUUGCAAUCACAAACUUUGGAGGCUCUAAAUAUGACAUUGACACUGGAGUUGAUGCUCCCUUGAAGUCAAAAAUGAAUUUAAACUUCACACUGAAUAUGGCAAGCAGGGAACGAAAGAAUAUAGUCAGAGCUAUAGAACAAAGGAGAUGUAGUUCGGCUACGAGUGAGAUGCCACUUGAUGAUGACACUUUUGAGCAGAUACUUAGAGUGACAUCCGAGCAUGAAACAGUCAUAGGAUUUUAUUACCAAGACAAAAAUAACAGGGUAACAAUGACUGAAAUAUAUGAUGUGACUGAUGUUGAUUUACCUGGAGCACUGUCACCUGAAGAGCAGGAGAACAACACUUAUCUGCAAUUUGAUGAAGACUUUGAUGACCCUACCUCAAGUACAUGGCCAUCUCAGCUUGCUCUUAAUGGGCCAUACUCUCCCUAUAACAACAGCAUGGCUAGUAUUUCUGAUUUAUCACUGGAUGAUGCUGACCAUAUUGCUGCAGAAUCAGCCAAUGUGUUUUCGGAUCCAGAAAGUGAGUGGAACGGUAUGCACAGUAAUGGCUCAUUCUAUGCCGACACAUCACCAGACAAUGGUGAACAGUCAUUACCAGAGUCGGAGCAACAGACACCAGAAACUGAGAGACUAUUGACAAGGAAACCAUCCUAUUUGGUGUUGACAGAUUAAAUGAGUCCACAAAUAAUGUAAAAUGACUGAUGUACUGCACAACACUCAAAAUGUACUGUUGUGAAUUACACCGUGAAGAUAUUCUGCCAAUUCAAAGUAGAAUUUCUAUUAAAAACAGUGUAUUUUUAAAUAUUAAACUGUUCAGUGGAGUCAUUGCAUAAUGACAAUAAACCUUGCUGCAAGGACCUGAUAUUUACAUGCCAGUGUUCUUAGCAAUGAGUCAGUUGAACAGUUAUUCAUUAAUUAGACUCCUAAAUCAGCAGUACUACAUUGUGUCAUGUAACUGGUCAGGAAGUUAAGUACACCAACUAUCAAGUGACCUUUCUCUGUUGUGAAAUGUACAGUCCUUCAAAAAGAUAGAGAAAGCAAGUUUUGAGAACAUUGUAAAAGCGUACUUACUAAGUGGAAGAGUUAUUUAUUAUUUAAUUUAUUUAUUUAUAAAUAAAGUUAUCAUUAAUAUGCGAAUUUUGUAAAAAUGUUUGUAAAUAGAAUCAAAGCCUCCCAAUACCGUAGAAAUGUAAAUUAAUUUUGCCUAUAAUCUGCUUUUAUGAAUGUCUCAAUGUUAAAACACCUAGAAAAAUGCUUUCAAUGUAAAUUUUAUUAUAAUGACAUAACUGUGGACAUUCUUCUUCAUAUUAUUGUUAUUUUUAUUAUU